AUGAGGUUCUUCUUCCUCCUACUGUUGUUACAGUGCAUUCCCAACUCAUUCGCUGCCAAAAUCAGUCCUCCAUUUCCACUUGGGACCUUUCUACCAGCCAUUAUUACUUGGUUCGGUGUCACCUACGGACGAGCUCACAGGCUUUUUCCUCCCGAAAUAGGAAACUUAACAAACCUCCAACAACUCUACCUUGGACACUACAAUGGUUACACCGGUGGUAUUCCUCUAGAAAUUGGUAAUUUAUCAAGCCUCAUUCACCUCGAUGCUGCCAACUGUGGUCUCUCCGAUGAAGUUCCUUCGGAAAUCGAGAAGCUUCAAAACCGGGACACGGUGUGGUGA